GGGCUGUGGACGCGAUCGUCUGCCGAGGGUGGAGACGCGCGAGUCGAGGCCGCCUGCCAGCUUGUGCAACGCCAGUCGGACAUCAUGGCGGACAGCCGGGACCCAGCCAGCGACCAGAUGAAGCUGUGGAAGGAGGAGCGGGGCUCGCAGAAGCCUGAUGUCCUGACCACUGGAAGCGGUAACCCAGUAGGAGACAAACUUAACCUUAUGACUGCAGCCCGUGGGCCCCUUCUAGUUCAGGAUGUGGUUUUCACUGAUGAAAUGGCACACUUUGACAGGGAGAGAAUUCCUGAGAGAGUCGUGCAUGCUAAAGGAGCAGGUGCCUUUGGCUACUUUGAGGUCACACAUGACAUCACCAAAUACUCCAAGGCGAAGGUGUUUGAGCACAUUGGAAAGAGGACUCCUAUUGCAGUUCGAUUCUCCACUGUUGCUGGAGAAUCAGGCUCAGCUGACACAGUUCGUGACCCUCGUGGGUUUGCCGUGAAAUUUUACACAGAAGAUGGCAACUGGGAUCUUGUUGGGAACAACACCCCCAUUUUCUUCAUCAGGGAUGCCAUGUUGUUUCCGUCCUUUAUUCAUAGCCAAAAGAGAAAUCCUCAAACACACCUGAAGGAUCCUGACAUGGUCUGGGACUUCUGGAGCCUACGCCCUGAAUCUUUGCAUCAGGUUUCUUUCUUGUUCAGCGAUCGGGGGAUUCCAGAUGGACAUCGGCACAUGAAUGGAUAUGGAUCACAUACUUUCAAGCUGAUUAAUGCAAAUGGAGAGGCAGUUUAUUGCAAGUUCCAUUAUAAGACUGACCAGGGCAUCAAAAACCUCUCUGUUGAAGACGCAGCAAGACUUUCCCACGAAGAUCCUGACUAUGGCCUCCGGGAUCUUUUCAAUGCCAUUGCCAAAGGCAACUACCCCUCCUGGACGUUAUACAUCCAGGUCAUGACAUUUAAACAGGCAGAAAACUUCCAGUUUAACCCAUUUGAUCUCACCAAGGUUUGGCCUCACAAGGACUACCCUCUUAUCCCAGUUGGCAAACUGGUCUUAAACCGAAAUCCAGUUAAUUACUUUGCUGAGGUUGAACAGAUGGCAUUUGACCCAAGCAACAUGCCACCUGGCAUUGAGCCCAGCCCUGACAAAAUGCUUCAGGGCCGCCUCUUCGCCUAUCCUGACACUCACCGCCAUCGCCUGGGACCUAACUAUCUCCAGAUACCUGUGAACUGUCCCUACCGUGCUCGAGUGGCCAACUACCAGCGUGACGGCCCCAUGUGCAUGAACGACAAUCAGGGUGGUGCUCCAAACUACUACCCCAACAGCUUCAGUGCUCCCCAAGAGCAGCGCUCGGCCCUGGAGCACGGCAGCCAUUGCUCUUCAGAAGUGAAGCGCUUCAAUAGUGCCAACGAGGAUAAUGUCACUCAGGUGCGGACAUUCUAUACAAGUGUGCUGAAUGAAGAGGAGAGGAAACGCCUGUGUGAGAACAUUGCUGGCCAUCUGAAAGACGCACAACUUUUCAUCCAGAAGAAAGCGGUGAAGAAUUUCAGUGAUGUCCACCCUGACUACGGGGCCCAAAUCCAGGCUCUCUUGGAUAAAUACAAUGCUGAGAAGCCAAAGAACGCAAUCCACACCUAUGAGCAGGCAGGCUCUCACCUGGCUGCAAAGGAGAAAGCCAACCUGUGAGGCUGGCGGCCCAUUCCUUGCUGAGCCCGGGCUGUGAAACAAGGCAUAAAUGCUCACACCUGUGAAUCACUCGUGCCUGCAUGGAAGAUUCUCCUGUGCUUGAUGCACAAAUGCAAGCUAAUCUCUUUAAAAUGGUAAUCCAGAUUCCUAUAGCAAAUGAUGUAGCAAUGGCUUUUAUAAUGUUCUUUCUCUCCCUAGAGGAAAAUGAAGGUUAGGGCUUAACAAUCUUUUAAUAGAAACAUGCAUUUGCCUUUGACAGUUGGUUGGAUUAUUCAUUUAAACUACAUUUAAAAGGAAAGUUUCUAGUCAGAAAUAUGACUUUAUCGGACUAGAAAAAAUCUUGGUGAGAUUAGUAUGUUUACAUGUCACCUCUAUGGCCUAUUUUAUAAAAAUAUGACUGAAUUAUACAAGAAGAAAAGAUAAAAAUGACUCAACUGGAAAUUUUUAUUUUUCUAAGAUCCUUAUAGGAAAAACACACUCAGUGCAUCAAUGUCUUCUGAGAAUAACUUCAGCACCAUCAUAGUUUGGUGUUUAUUCCCUGAUGUUUGUUGGUCAGCUUCAUUUUCUCUCACUUGAAAUUAUGUUUAUGUUAACACAGCAUUGAUUUUACAGUGGGUUGAUUUGUAAUUGCUUACAUUUUUACAAUAAAAUAAUCUAUAUGUAAGAAUUAGAAUGG